ACCACUGAAUAUUUGUAUUGUUUUGGCAAAAUUCUUGCUUGCUGCACAAUUGGUAUUAUUUGAUCUCUCAGAUUUGAACUAUUGUAAAAAUACCAUGAUUCAAAAUGUUUGAUGACGAAAAUUUCAACGUAUUUAAAGACGAAAAGGCUGCAAUCGAUGAAGAAAAGGUUAACCGAACAAAACUUCCUCGCAAAGCGAGAAAUUUCAGCAAAGUGCAACUGCAAUUAGCUUUACGUAAAAAGAAGGAAUGCAAUGCUAAAGCUCAGUCAAUUGUAGAAGCUCUAAUAGAGCCAGUUGAAAACGUUGAAUGGUUUCUUCAUAAUUUACGAGACAUCAACCAAUGCCACUUCGAAGAUGUCAUCCAAGAGAGAGCAAUCCAGCGGAUUUGUGGCUACCCACUAUGCAAGGAGGAAUUGACUAACCAGCCAAAGCAAAAAUACAACAUCUCUCUGUCUAACAAAAAGGUGUACGACAUAACUGAACGUAAGAACUUUUGCAGCGGCUCAUGCUACAAAGCAUCCGCAUAUAUCAAAGCUCAAAUGUUAACAAGUCCGCUUUGGCUUCGAGACCAAGAAGAUAUCCCAAAGUUUAAGCUAUAUGGUAAUACGGGCCGAAACAAUGACCAUAACGAAUGUACUGAAAAAGUGAUAAUCGAAGAGCUGCGUAUUGUUGAAAAAACAUAUGACAACAAUGCAUCACAACGAGAAAAUAUUCGAGAGGGUGACGAGAUAGAACUAACUGACGACAAAUCCCAGAAUUCAUCGCAAUUGGCACCAGAGGCUAGUGAAAGUAACUGUAACGAUGAUCUUAUCUCACAAGUAAAACAUUUGUCUCUAAGAUAAUAUAUGAUAAACAUUUUUUUGUUAAAUAUUGUGGUAGUUUGAAUAUCUAAAAUUGUAUCAAUAAAUUCCUUUGAAUCGGU